GAUCCCGCCCCAUUCGGAGUCCCACGCUGUCGGAAACGGAAAUAGCACACGGCUCUGCCUGAGUAGCCAUAACUGCCACCGCCAUGCCGAAAGGACCCAAGCAGCAGCCGCCUGAACCCGAGUGGAUCGGGGAUGGAGAGAGCACAAGCCCCGCAGGUAAGCAUUCACAAUGUCUGUUAAACCUUCUAGACAAGGUGGUGAAGAAAGGGAAGAAGGACAAGAAGACCAAAAAGACGUUCUUUGAAGAGCUAGCAGUAGAAGAUAAACAGGCUGGGGAAGAGGAGAAAGUGCUUAAGGAAAAGGAGCAGCAGCAGCACCAGCAGCAGCAAAAAAAGAAACGAGACGCUCGAAAAGGCCGGCGGAAGAAGGAUGCAGACAAUGAUGGAGAGGAGAAAGAGCUCAUGGAGCGUCUUAGGAAGCUCUCAGUGCCAGCCAGUGAUGAGGAGGACGAGGUGCCUGCCCCAAUACACCGAGGAGGGAAGAAAACCAAGGGUGGUAAUGUUUUUGCAGCCCUGAUUCAGGAUCAGAGUGAGGAAGAGGAGGAAGAAGAAAAACAUCCUCCUAAGCCUGCCAAGCUAGAGAAGAAUUGGAUCAAUAAGGCUGUAUCUGAGGAACAACAGCCGGGGCUCAAGUGCAAAAAGGGAAAGGAAGACAAGUUAAAAGGGAAGGCCAAGCCUCAAAAUAAAUUUGCUGCUAUGGACAAUGAAGAGAAAGAAGAUGAAGAAGAAAUAACAGAAGAAAAGGAGCCACCCAAGCAAGGGAAGGAGAAGGCCAAGAAGGCAGAACAGGGUUCAGAGGAAGAAGGAGAAGAGGAAGAAGAAGGUGAGUCGAAGGCAAAUGAUCCCUAUGCUCACCUUAGCAAAAAGGAGAAGAAAAAGCUGAAGAAACAGUUGGAAUAUGAGCGCCAGGUGGCUUCGUUAAAAGCAGCCAAUGCUGCUGAGAAUGACUUCUCCGUGUCACAAGCAGAGGUGUCUUCCCGCCAAGCCAUGUUAGAAAAUGCAUCUGACAUUAAGCUAGAGAAGUUCAGCAUCUCAGCCCAUGGCAAGGAGUUAUUCGUCAACGCAGACCUGUACAUUGUGGCCGGCCGCCGCUAUGGGCUAGUGGGACCCAAUGGCAAGGGCAAGACCACUCUCCUCAAGCACAUCGCCAACCGAGCCUUGAGCAUCCCUCCCAACAUUGAUGUGUUGCUCUGUGAGCAGGAGGUGGUAGCAGAUGAAACGCCAGCAGUGCAGGCUGUUCUUCGAGCUGACACCAAGCGAUUAAAGCUGCUGGAAGAGGAGCGACAGCUUCAGGGUCAGCUGGAGCAGGGGGAUGACACAGCUGCCGAGAGGCUAGAGAAGGUUUAUGAGGAAUUGCGGGCUACUGGGGCAGCAGCUGCAGAGGCCAAAGCCCGGAGGAUCUUGGCUGGUCUGGGCUUCGACCCUGAAAUGCAGAAUCGUGCCACACAGAAGUUCUCGGGGGGCUGGCGCAUGCGUGUCUCCCUGGCCAGGGCGCUCUUCAUGGAGCCCACACUGCUGAUGUUGGAUGAGCCCACUAACCACCUGGACCUCAAUGCUGUCAUCUGGCUCAAUAACUAUCUUCAGGGCUGGCGGAAAACGUUGCUUAUCGUCUCCCAUGACCAGGGCUUCCUGGAUGAUGUCUGCACUGAUAUUAUUCAUCUCGAUGCCCAGCGGCUCCAUUACUAUAGGGGCAAUUACAUGACCUUCAAGAAGAUGUACCAGCAGAAGCAGAAAGAACUACUGAAGCAGUAUGAGAAGCAGGAGAAAAAGCUAAAGGAGCUAAAGGCGGGUGGCAAGUCCACCAAGCAGGCAGAAAAGCAAACAAAGGAAGCCCUGACUCGGAAGCAGCAGAAAUGCCGAAGGAAAAACCAGGAUGAGGAAUCGCAGGAGGCCCCUGAGCUCCUGAAGCGCCCCAAGGAGUACACUGUGCGCUUCACGUUUCCCAACCCCCCGCCACUCAGCCCUCCUGUGCUGGGUCUGCAUGGUGUGACAUUUGGCUAUGAGGGGCAGAAACCACUCUUUAAGAAUCUGGAUUUUGGCAUUGACAUGGAUUCAAGAAUCUGCAUCGUGGGCCCUAAUGGCGUGGGGAAAAGUACCCUGCUCCUGCUGCUGACGGGCAGGCUGACCCCGACUCGUGGGGAAAUGAGAAAGAACCACCGGCUGAAAAUUGGCUUCUUCAACCAGCAGUAUGCAGAGCAGCUGCGCAUGGAGGAGACACCUACUGAGUACUUGCAGCAGGGCUUCAACCUACCCUACCAGGAUGCCCGGAAGUGCCUUGGCCGCUUUGGCCUUGAGAGUCAUGCCCACACCAUCCAGAUCUGCAAACUCUCUGGUGGGCAAAAAGCCCGAGUUGUGUUUGCAGAGCUGGCCUGUCGGGAGCCCGAUGUCCUCAUCUUGGAUGAGCCCACCAAUAACUUGGACAUUGAGUCAAUUGAUGCUCUGGGAGAGGCCAUCAACGAGUAUAAGGGUGCUGUGAUCGUCGUCAGCCACGAUGCCCGACUCAUCACAGAAACCAACUGCCAGCUGUGGGUAGUGGAGGAGCAGAGUGUUAGCCAAAUCGAUGGCGAUUUCGAGGACUACAAGCGGGAGGUGUUGGAGGCCCUGGGUGAAGUCAUGGUCAACCGCCCCCGAGAGUGAUUUUUUCCUUCCUGGAAGUCUUCUGGAAGACCUACUGGUGUGGCCUAAAUGUCCCCUAUUGUCAGCUCUGUCUCCACUCAGAAACCUGCUUCUGGUCUGCAGCCAACCCAGCACAGGGAGGCAGAGCUUGGUCCUGAUGUGACUAGGAUACCACUUUACUUCCUUUCCUCUGGAAGACUUGUCUGUUUGCUUUUCUUUAGAUAACUGAGUUGGCCUUAUUUAUGACAUUCCUCUAUGCAAACAGAGGUGACCUUUGUCAAACUCAAGUGACCAGUAGUCUUGAGAUUCUUUCAUCACUCCACAGCCUGCCUCUUGUCCACCUUACAGCUUUAGGCCCAGCGGCCCCCUGGUCUUUGAGUGGUGGUGCUCUUUUUUGGUGGAUUUUGUGCUGACUUCAGGAUACAAACAGCUGUUGCAGUCCAGAGCUGCAGGAGAGGUCUGAGGCCUGUAUUGUUAACCUGAGUUUGGUUCCUGCAGUCAGUCUCCUGCCUGGUUGGGGACUUGGGGACAGGAAUGCUGCUGAACUUGAAUCUCCCUUUACAAGAGGAGGAAAUAAAAGAAGGAAUUGUCGCCACCCUGUCA